GGCGGCGGGCCUGGGACCUGCCUGAGCGAGAGAAAGAGCCCCAUUGAUCGCUGUUCUUCUUUCUGGAGACUCAAAGGGAAAAAUGGCGAACGACUCCCCUGCAAAAAGUCUGGUGGACAUCGACCUGUCCUCCCUGCGGGAUCCUGCUGGAAUCUUUGAGCUCGUGGAAGUGGUUGGAAAUGGCACCUAUGGACAAGUCUAUAAGGGUCGACAUGUUAAAACAGGCCAGCUGGCAGCCAUCAAAGUUAUGGAUGUCACUGAGGAUGAAGAGGAAGAAAUCAAACUGGAGAUCAAUAUGCUGAAGAAAUACUCUCAUCAUAGAAAUAUUGCAACAUAUUAUGGUGCUUUCAUUAAGAAGAGCCCUCCAGGACAUGAUGACCAACUUUGGCUUGUUAUGGAGUUCUGUGGGGCUGGUUCCAUUACUGACCUUGUGAAGAACACCAAAGGGAACACACUCAAAGAAGACUGGAUAGCUUACAUCUCCAGAGAAAUCCUGCGGGGACUGGCACAUCUUCACAUCCAUCAUGUGAUUCAUCGAGACAUCAAGGGACAAAACGUAUUGCUGACGGAGAACGCAGAGGUGAAACUGGUUGACUUCGGUGUGAGUGCUCAACUGGACAGGACAGUUGGGAGGAGAAAUACAUUCAUAGGCACCCCCUACUGGAUGGCUCCCGAAGUUAUUGCCUGUGAUGAGAACCCAGAUGCCACCUAUGAUUACAGAAGUGACCUGUGGUCUUGUGGCAUUACAGCCAUUGAGAUGGCAGAAGGUGCUCCCCCUCUCUGUGACAUGCAUCCUAUGAGAGCACUGUUUCUCAUUCCCAGAAACCCUCCUCCCCGGCUGAAGUCCAAAAAAUGGUCAAAGAAGUUUUUUAGUUUUAUAGAAGGCUGCCUCGUGAAGAAUUAUAUGCAGCGACCUUCCACAGAGCAGCUUUUGAAACAUCCUUUUAUAAGGGAUCAGCCAAAUGAAAGACAAGUUAGAAUCCAGCUUAAGGACCAUAUAGACCGGACAAGGAAGAAGAGAGGAGAGAAAGAUGAGACUGAAUAUGAGUACAGUGGGAGUGAGGAAGAAGAGGAGGAAGUGCCUGAACAAGAGGGGGAGCCAAGUUCUAUUGUCAACGUCCCUGGUGAAUCUACUCUUCGGCGAGAUUUCUUAAGAUUGCAGCAGGAGAAUAAGGAACGUUCUGAGGCCCUUCGGAGACAGCAGUUACUACAGGAACAGCAGCUCCGUGAACAGGAAGAAUACAAAAGACAACUUCUGGCAGAGAGACAGAAAAGAAUUGAGCAGCAAAAGGAACAGAGGCGAAGACUAGAAGAGCAACAAAGGAGAGAACGUGAAGCUAGAAGGCAGCAGGAGCGGGAACAGCGAAGGAGAGAACAAGAAGAGAAGCGCCGUUUAGAGGAAUUAGAGAGGAGACGGAAAGAAGAAGAAGAGAGGCGACGGGCUGAAGAAGAAAAGAGACGAGUGGAAAGAGAACAGGAGUAUAUCAGGCGACAGCUAGAAGAGGAGCAGCGGCACUUGGAAAUCCUUCAACAGCAGCUGCUCCAGGAGCAGGCCAUGUUACUGGAGUGUCGAUGGCGGGAGAUGGAGGAGCACCGGCAGGCAGAGAGGCUCCAGAGGCAGUUGCAACAAGAACAAGCAUAUCUCCUGUCUCUACAGCAUGACCACAGGAGGCCACACCCGCAGCAGCAGCAGCCACAGCAGCCCCUGCAGCAGGAAAGAAGCAAGCCAAGCUAUCAUGCUCCUGAGCCUAAACCCCACUAUGAGCCCAACGACAGAGCACGAGAGGUGGAAGAUAGAUUUAGGAAAACUAACCACAGCUCCCCUGAAGCCCAGUCUAAGCAGACAGGCAGAGUAUUGGAGCCAUCAGUGCCUUCCAGAUCAGAGUCUUUUUCCAAUGGCAACUCCGAAUCUGUGCAUCCUGCCCUGCAAAGACCAGCUGAGCCACAGGUACAAUGGUCCCACCUGGCAUCUCUCAAGAACAAUGUUUCCCCUGUCUCGAGAUCCCAUUCCUUCAGUGACCCUUCUCCUCCCAAAUUUGCACACCAACAUCUUCGAUCUCAGGACCCAUGUCCACCUUCCCGCAGUGAGGUGCUAAGUCAAAGUUCUGACUCUAAGUCGGAGGUACCUGACCCCACUCAAAAGGCUUGGUCUAGAUCAGACAGUGACGAGGUGCCUCCAAGGGUUCCUGUGAGAACAACAUCUCGGUCCCCUGUUCUAUCCCGUCGGGAUUCCCCACUGCAGGGCAGUGGCCAGCAAAGUAGCCAAGCAGGUCAAAGAAACUCCACCAGCAAUAUUGAGCCCAGAUUGCUGUGGGAGAGAGUGGAGAAACUGGUGCCCAGGCCUGGCAGUGGCAGCUCCUCUGGGUCCAGCAACUCAGGAUCUCAGCCCGGGUCCCACCCUGGGUCUCAAAGUGGCUCUGGGGAGCGCUUCAGAGUGAGAUCAUCAUCUAAAUCUGAAGGCUCUCCAUCUCAGCGUCUUGAAAAUGCAGUGAAAAAGCCUGAAGAUAAAAAGGAAGUUUUUAGACCUCUUAAGCCUGCUGACUUGACUGCACUGGCGAAAGAGCUUCGAGCAGUGGAAGAUGUGCGACCACCACAUAAAGUGACAGACUACUCUUCCUCCAGCGAGGAGUCAGGGACAACAGAUGAGGAGGACGAUGAUGUGGAGCAGGAAGGCACUGAGGAACCUACUUCUGGAACAGAGGACACCAGAGCAGCAUCAUCUCUGAAUUUGAGCAAUGGUGAAACAGAAUCGGUGAAAACCAUGAUUGUUCAUGAUGACGUAGAAAGUGAACCAGCUAUGACCCCAUCCAAGGAGGGCACUCUGAUCGUCCGCCAGAGUACAGUUGAUCAAAAGCGUGCCAGCCAUCAUGAGAGCAAUGGCUUUGCCGGUCGCAUUCACCUCUUGCCAGAUCUCUUACAGCAAAGCCAUUCCUCCUCCACUUCCUCCACCUCCUCCUCCCCAUCCUCCAGCCAGCCGACACCCACCAUGUCCCCACAGACACCCCAGGACAAGCUCACUACUGAGACUCAGUCCGCUAGUAGCACACUCCAGAAACACAAAUCUUCCUCCUCCUUUACACCUUUUAUAGACCCCAGAUUACUACAGAUUUCUCCAUCUAGUGGGACAACAGUGACUUCUGUGGUAGGAUUUUCCUGUGAUGGAAUGAGACCAGAAGCAAUAAGGCAAGAUCCUACCCGCAAGGGCUCAGUGGUCAAUGUGAAUCCCACUAACACUAGGCCACAGAGUGAUACCCCAGAAAUUCGUAAAUACAAGAAGAGAUUUAACUCUGAGAUUCUCUGUGCUGCCUUAUGGGGAGUGAAUUUGUUAGUGGGUACAGAGAGUGGCCUGAUGCUGCUGGACAGAAGUGGCCAAGGAAAAGUCUAUCCUCUGAUCAACAGAAGACGAUUUCAACAAAUGGAUGUCCUUGAAGGCUUGAAUGUUUUGGUAACAAUAUCUGGCAAAAAAGAUAAAUUGCGUGUCUACUAUUUGUCAUGGUUAAGAAAUAAAAUACUACACAAUGACCCAGAAGUUGAAAAGAAACAGGGAUGGACAACUGUAGGGGAUUUGGAAGGAUGUGUACACUAUAAAGUUGUAAAAUAUGAAAGAAUCAAAUUUCUGGUAAUUGCUUUGAAGAGUUCUGUGGAAGUCUAUGCAUGGGCCCCUAAGCCGUAUCACAAAUUUAUGGCCUUUAAGUCAUUUGGGGAACUGGUACAUAAGCCAUUACUGGUGGAUCUCACUGUUGAGGAGGGCCAGAGGUUGAAAGUAAUCUAUGGAUCCUGUGCUGGAUUCCAUGCUGUUGAUGUGGAUUCAGGAUCAGUCUAUGACAUUUAUCUACCAACACACGUAAGAAAGAACCCACACUCUAUGAUCCAGUGUAGCAUCAAACCCCAUGCAAUCAUCAUCCUCCCCAAUACAGAUGGAAUGGAACUUCUAGUGUGCUAUGAAGAUGAAGGGGUUUAUGUGAAUACCUAUGGGAGGAUCACCAAGGAUGUGGUUUUGCAGUGGGGAGAAAUGCCAACAUCUGUAGCAUAUAUUCGGUCCAACCAGACAAUGGGCUGGGGAGAAAAGGCCAUAGAGAUCCGAUCUGUGGAAACUGGUCACUUGGACGGUGUGUUUAUGCACAAAAGGGCUCAAAGACUAAAAUUCUUAUGUGAACGCAAUGAUAAGGUAUUCUUCGCCUCUGUUCGAUCUGGUGGCAGCAGUCAGGUUUAUUUCAUGACGUUAGGAAGGACUUCUCUUCUGAGCUGGUAGAAACAGUGUGAUGAGGAUCACUGGCCCCCAGAGUCUUCAAGAUCAUGAGAACUUGGAAUUCCUUGCAACUGGAGCUCAGAGCUGCAUCGAUGCAGUGCUGGACAGCUGUGUGUUCACAAACACCACGUGUAGGGUUCCAUUUCUCUUUCCUUCCUGCUCCUCUCAUCAGUUUGUUCCAGUUAUUUUCUUACCCUUACUUAAAAAUAAAUCAAGGCUGCAAUGCAGCGGUGCUGUUCAGAUUCUGCCGUCAGGUGCUAAACGUGUUUGGGAUUGAGCAUCAGCAAGACAAACAGCUUCCCUUCAGCUCCAGAAUUCCUUGCCUCUGAAUGACUCUGUCUUAAGGGUGUCUGAGGUGGAAACUAUAAACAUGCCAUUGGUUUUAUUGUAAGUGGGCACAAGGAGGUGUAAAGUGGUGGUCUUACAAGCAGUUUGCUAAAGCAAAGAGAGCAGAUUUAAUAUAGUGACAUUAACAAUGUAUUUAAUUGACAUUUCUUUUUUUGUAAUGUGACAAUAUGUGGACAAAGAAGGUGCAGGUUUAAAAAGUUAAUAUUUAUAAAAUGUGAAAGACACAGUUACUAGGAUAACUUUUUUUGUGGGUUGGGCUUGGGAGGAAGGGUGGGGUGGGCUGGGUUGAGGGGUCCCAUUUUGUUUCUUUGAAAAAAAAAUUUUUUUGGAUUGGCCAAUGACUUGAUCAUUUUUCUGUGUACCAGGUUUUGCCUAAAUCAUGUGAAGAUGGUAUAAAAAAAAAAAAAAGAAAAGAAAAGAAACAGAAAAUGUGUGCAUUUGUUUAAUGGCCAGAAUUUUGUUGUGUGACAGACAGUAUUAGCACUGCCUCAGUUAAAGGUUUAACUUUUGUUUAAACCUAGAAGUGCAAGAACAGUUUUACCACAGUCUGCACUUGCAGAGGAAGAAAAAAAAAUUUUUUUCAACCAUGUUUAUUUUUUGCCUACCUCAUUGUUUUUAAUGCAUUACGAGGUGGUUAUCUUACGUGUUAUGAGAGGAAACCAUUAACGUUUAAUCUUAAUACCAAAAUGGUUGGAUUGAAAUUCAGCAGUUACUUUGUCACAGGUCUCUGUAGGCAUAAGGGAAAGUGGCCCUGAGGAUGAGAAGUUGUCAUAUGGCUUUAUAAUGCUGGCUAAUGCAGUCUGCUUUACAGGACUAGAGAGCACACUGCUUCCUUGUCACUAGAUUCACUGUUACUGGUUCAUGGGCAACUGUAGCCUACAGUACAAGGGGCCUCAGUUUCAGUUUGGGGGUUGGUAGCAGACAGAUGGUCAUUAGAAUAAUCACACAAACUGUUCAGUGUUGCAGGAACCUUUUCUUGGGGGUAGUAGUAUUUCCCUUUUCUAAAACUGCAAUACACUAAAACUGUUUUAAGAAUGUAGUUAAUACUGCUUUUUCAUAAGGCGGCAUCUCCCUGUGUUUUAGGUGUAAUAUCAAAACCCUGGCUUUUCUCUUUUUCUCACUUGCUCUCUUGUUCUCUGUUUUUUAAACCGAUUUUACUUUAUGACUGUUCAUGACAUUUGUAAUAAAUGUCUUGGGUAAUAAUUUGUUUUCUGGCUUCAUGAUCACUCAAUCCUCAGAGGAUAUUAAUUUUUUGGUAAGGAAGCUGUGUUUAAUAUUAUGGUUCUAUCUUCUUACUUUUUCCUUCUGAGUUCUGAGUGAGGCUACUAGGUUGUGGUCACUUUCACUAUGUUCACCAAACAGAAGCUCAGUGUCCUAUAGACUGACUUUUCUUUUAUGGUUAGUUUUACUUUAUAACAUGAGAAGGGAGAAUUUCCUCUUCCCAAUUGCAAUGAUCAUUUGUACAUAUCUGCUAAGACUUUGCCCAGCUUUCUUGUUUUGCCCAGUUUUAACUACUGUUACUCUCUUUCUCCUCAUUAAGAAUGUUUUGCCUAAAGUUCUCUUUUGAAUUUCAAACAUCUAAUUUAAAAUGGUUAUACUCACUAAUACAGAAAGAAUAACUGUUUGUACAAACAAACCCGCAAAGACAAGAUAAAGCUGAGCAAUCUCUUGGACCAUGAAAAAGGUUUCCCUUUUGUCUCACUGAAGUUGUCUUACUGUUCAAAGCAGAAAGAACUAACACUUUUCCUAUUAAUCUGUAGUUAAUAUUGAGAAGAAUGUGGAUUAAACCCACCUUUGAAGAGAAUUUUUGAGGCAGUUCAGAUUCCAUUCUUCAGAGUCUCAUUACUGAUAGUAUUUUCCUAUAUCUGCUUUCGCUUUCCAAGUAAGAUAAAGUGUUGCCACAGAAUAGGUGUAUACAUGCCAAGUGGAGCAAGAAUUCAGCAACUUUAUCAAUUACAGCAUCACCUAUGGCUUUAGAGAGAAAUGAAAGUAGGGUAGGUAUCUUUAAAAAAAAUUAAAUUUCUGAUAGUAGUAAUGAAGAAAUAAAGGAUGAUCCAUCAUGGUCCUAAUAACUCACGGAUUGAAAAUCAAGAGGAAUUAUGUAGAUAAUAGGAACGAUGUAUCCCUGAAAUAACGAAGUGCUUCGAACUUAAUGAAAACUGGAUUAUACUGAAGAGGUAAUGAGGUCUGAGCUCAUGUGAUCAGUAUUUGUCCUAAUAUACAUAGGCACCCACUGAUGUUCUCUUUGAGUUGGGAAUAAUUAAAUCCUUUUCUUGGAUUAGUGUUUUGCCAUUUGUCUCUAGGGUAGAUUCUUGGUAUGUACUCUCCCUGGGUUUUGGUGUUCUUCCCUCGUUGGUCUCACUCCUUUAUAAACCACAUUGUGUUGCUGCAAUUUGAAACAUACCUAGGCUCAGUUUCUUUAUAAGAGAUUGUGAGCUGUUGAAAUCCCUUCUGGAGAAGAGACUCUUUUUUUUUUUUUCCCCCCUCCUUUCCACAGGGUAGUGCUUAACAGAAGUGCCAAGAUGGCAGAAUUACAAAAGAAAAGACAGUAUUAUGAUGAUACCAUUAGCUGAGCAACAUUGGGCUAUCAUAGUAGUGCUCUUCAUAAAAAACAGUUGAGUCUCUAGGUCUAGCCAAGGCUUUAAUAAUUAAUACCUUUUUGUAUUUAUAUCAGAGUAACUAUAUUGAGUGCAGUGUUUUUACUUUUUUUUCUCAUGCACAUGUUACAUUGGAGAAAAAUGUUUACAAAAGUGAUUUUGUUACACUAAUGUGCAUUACAUAUUUAUGGUUUAUUUUUUAACUGACUUUUUGUGGGUUAUUUAGGUUUUCAUUUUAGUUGUAGUAUACUUAACAGUGAUUCAUAAUCCCUGAUUUUGCCAACUAUAAAUUUACUGUGCAGUAAUAAAAAUGAGAAACUGCAUUAAAUUUACUAAUCUUAGAGUUGCAAAGCAGACUCAUGGCAAAUAAACAGCCACCACUCCCCCUUACACACGUUUUUUGCAGUGCUAACUUGUCUUCUGUGUAUUAUGAAAAUUACUAUUGUCCACUGCCUUCCCCGUUAAUAAAAUAAAAAUGACACCCAUUACA